UCAGCAUUCCGCCGAGCGUCGGUAUUAUUUCUGAUGUGCAGGCCGCUGCCUGUUUUCCGCCACGGCACCCACCUGACGCGUCACCGGAAUAACCAACGUAGUGUGAAGUAGUGAGGACGGACGUUGUCGUCAUUUGCUGUAAAAAUCGGAGUUUGUGACUUAACUUUUUUGCCAGGACUGACACGGUGAGCAGGAGACAGAUCCGGCUCCAGGAUGCCGGGGUCCCUUCCAUUCUACCAGAAGCACCAGCGCCACUACGACCACGACUACCGCAGCUCCGAGACCCAGGCGCUGGUUAGCAAGUACCGCGCUAGCAGCAGAAGCAGUAGCGGCUAUCCUGCCCACACCUGCACCAGUGGUGGCUAUCCUGCCCACACAUGUAACAGUGGCUACGCACCCCACAUCUGUACGGGCCACGGCCUGACCAGCGCCAGAACCAGCACCAGCAGGGGCCUCACAGCGUCUUCCUACUCUGGGUUGGAGCAGAGCAGCCAGCUGACCAAGAGAGCCAAGGCCACACAUCUUGCGGUGGACAGGGAACACCACAUCAUCGGCUACGUAGUGCCGAUCUUCAGGGGCAGUCUGGAGUUUGCUGGUGGUUAUUCGGGUGUAGAAGAUUCACGCUUGAAGGCGACGUCUGCCUCCAUGUGGGGUCAGGAUCAUUUCACGAGCGGGCUGGAGAUGGAGAGGUCAGAGGUCAGCUCCAGGAAGGUGACCAUUCGCGAAUCAGCUGAACGCAUCUCCCUCAGCAAAACGAUCUAUGAAAACGAGGAACACAACAAGAGAAUGAACAAGGACAGCCUGAUGCACGCGCCGGAGUUUGUGAUCAAACCACGCUCACACACGGUGUGGGAGAACCAGAGUGUACGCCUACACUGCACCCUAAGCGGAUGGCCAAACCCACAUGUGGUGUGGUACAAAAACAAUGUGACCAUCGACCCCAUUGCCCACCCGGGCAAAUAUAAGAUAGAGAGCAGCUACAGUGUCCACUCCCUGGAGAUUGACAGAUGUGAUUUCGACGACACGGCGCAGUACCACGUGUCUGCCAUGAACGCAAAGGGGGAGCAGUCUGCUUACGCCUCGGUUGUGGUCAAGAGAUUUAAAGGAGAAAUGGACACGUCAGCACCUUCACCCAGACGGUCCUAUCCACGAGUGGGCCUGGUGUCUGAGUACGGCAUCACCUUCAAGACCCACAUCGUGGACACGUUUGGCGUCUCCUUCGGCCGGGAGGGCGAGACCAUGAGCCUGGGCUGCACGGUCAUCAUCCACCCCAACCUGGAGCGCUACCAGCCCGGCGUGGAGUGGUACCGCGACGACGUGCUGCUGGCGCCCAGCAAGUGGCAUCAGAUGCACUGGAGCGGCGACCGCGCCACCCUGACCCUCACGCACCUCAACAAGGAGGACGAGGGCCUGUACACCCUCCGCGUCACCACCAAGUCCGGAUACGAGACCUACUCUGCCUACGUUUUUGUCAGAGAUGCGGAUGCGGAGGUGGAAGGGGCCCCUGGGGCCCCCCUGGACGUGCGCUGUCUGGACGCCAACAAAGAUUACGUCAUCGUCUCCUGGAAGCAGCCGGCGGUGGACGGAGGGAACUCCAUCCUGGGAUACUUUGUGGACAGGUGUGAGGUUGGAACCAACCACUGGAUCCAGUGCAACGACACCCCCGUCAAGUUCGCCCGCCUCCCCGUCACCGGGCUGGUGGAGGGGCGGUCCUACGCCUUCCGCGUGCGGGCCGUCAACAAGAGCGGCAUGAGCCGCCCGUCACGCACCUCUGAACCCGUGGCCGCCGUGGACGCCGCCGACCGCGCCCGCGUGAGAGGAACCUCGGCCCCCGUGACUGGUCAGAUCAUCGUGACGGAGGAGGAGCCAGCAGAGGGCGUGGUUCCCGGGAAACCCCUUGAGCUGGAGGUGACCGAGGCGACCAAGAACUACGUGGUCCUGAGCUGGAAGCCCCCUGGAGAGAGAGGUCACGAGGGCAUCAUGUACUACGUGGAGAAGUGUGUGUCCGGUACUGACAGCUGGCAGAGGGUGAACACAGAGAUCCCGGUGAAGUCCCCCCGCUUCGCGCUGUUCGACCUGGCCGAGGGGAAGUCCUACAGCUUCAGGGUUCGCUGCUGCAACUCAGCCGGGGUGGGGGAGCCGUCCCCCCCCACCGAGGCCACCACCGUGGGAGACAAGCUGGAUGUCCCAGCAGCCCCAGAGCGUGUGGUGGCGACCAGGAACACAGACACAUCGGUGGUGGUCUCCUGGGAGAAGUCCCGCCAUGCCAAGGACCUGGUGGGCUACUACAUAGAGACCAGCGUGGUGGGCAGCGACACCUGGGAACCCUGCAACAACAAGCCUGUACCAGGGUCCAGGUUCGUGUGCCAUGGCCUGGUGACCGGCGAGACCUACGUGUUCAAAGUGAGAGCGGUGAACGCUGCUGGUAUUAGCGUGAGCUCUCAGGAGUCUGAGCCAGUCCUGGUCAAGGCCGCUAUUGGGGGCGGCAUUCCUCACGCCUCCCCUGCGCCCCCGUUCGGCAUCAGCGUCCUGGAGUGUGUCCGGGACUCCAUGGUGCUGGGGUGGAAGCAGCCCGCCUUUGUGGGCGGUUCAGAUAUCACCGGCUACUUUGUGGACUAUCGCGAGGUCAUUGACGGCAUGGAGGGCCAGUGGCACGAGGCCAACAUUCAGUCGGUCAGCGACAGAGCCUACAGGGUGUGCGACCUGAAGGAAAACAAGAAGUACCAGUUCCAGGUGCGUGCGGCCAACAUGGCGGGGGUCGGCAUCCCCUCGUUGCCUAGCAACACCUUCCUAUGUGAGGAGUGGACCAUUGCUGUGCCAGGACCCCCUCACGAUCUCCAGGUGACCGAGGUACGCAGCAGCUCGUUGGUGUUGCUAUGGAAGCCGCCGGUUUACCAGGGUCGCGACGCGGUCAACGGCUUCUACGUGGACAUCAAGGAGGCGGGGGCGUCUGAGGAGGCGUGGCGAGGCAUCAACAAGAAGGCAACCGACGGCAAGUUCAUCAAGAUCGAGAACCUGCAGGAAGGGGAGAAAUACGUGUUCCGUGUGCGAGCUCAGAACAACGCUGGUGUAGGAAACGCUUCUGAGGUUACAGAGCCCACCCUGGCCGAGACCAAAGCAGGUACCAAGGAGAUCAUGGUGGAUGUUGACGACGAUGGCGUCAUCUCCCUGAACUUCGAGUGCUCUGCGAUGAGCGCCGAAUCUAAAUUCGUCUGGUCCAAGAACUACGAGGAGAUCUCAGACACCGAACGCAUCGCCGUAGAAACCAAGGGAAGCAAGGCCAAAGCCUCUUUCCUCGCCCCUGGAGAGGAAGACAUUGGUAUAUACUCCUGUUCUGUCACGCACACCGACGGAGCCUCUGCCAGCUACGACCUAACAGCAGAAGAGCUCAAGAAGCUUCUGGAGACCAGCCACGACCACAAGUUCCCCAUUAUUCCCCUGAAGUCAGAGUUGGCGGUGGAGCUACAGGAGAAGGGACGUGUCCGUUUCUGGCUGCAGGCAGAGAAGAUAUCCGCCAAUGGAAAAGUGGAUUAUGUGUUCAAUGACAACAGUCUGUCUGCAGGAGAGAAGUACAAGAUGAACUUUGACAAGAACACGGGCGUGAUCGAGAUGAUCAUGGAGUCCCUGACGCCGAAGGAUGAGGGGACCUUCACCUUCCAGCUGCAGGACGGCAAGGCCACCAACCAGUCCAGUCUGGUGCUGAUAGGAGAUGUGUUCAAGGCUCUCCAGAAGGAGUCUGAGUUCCAGAUGAAGGAGUGGGUCAGAAAACAAGGUCCUCACUUUGUGGAGUACCUUGGAUUCGAGGUGACUCCAGAAUGCUGUGUGAUCCUCAAGUGUAAGGUGGGGAACAUCAAGAAGGACACCGUGGCGUUGUGGCAGAAGGACGGCCAAGAUAUCAAGUCUGACCAGCAGCUCAGCUUCACAGAGGGAGUGCUGAAGCUGGAGAUCGCUCAGCGCGGCGCCCGUGCAGUCGCUGGUACAGCGGACACAGUCGACACAGUCGACGACGUUACCUGGAGACAACUUAAAAUCUCCAAGAAGGACGCCGGUGUGUACAACAUCGUUCUUAAGGACGACAGAGGGAAGGACACGUCUACGUUGAAUCUGACGGAUCAAGGUUUCAGGGAUAUGAUGAAUGAAGUGUUCAGUGUAAUUGCUAACUCCUCCACUGCCCUGAAGAUCACGAGCACAGACGAGGGAAUCCGCCUCUACACCUUCGUCAGCUAUUACAACGACCUGCUCCAAGUCACAUGGCACUACAAAGACUCAGCCAUCUCCUUCUCGGACCGCAUUAAGAGCGGAGUGGUGGGCGAGCAGCUAUGGCUGCAGAUCAAGGAGCCCACGGAGAAGGACACGGGGAAGUACGCUAUCGAGUUCAACGACGGCAAGGGAGGCCUGCGCCGCACCGUGGAGCUGUCCGGACAAGCGUUCGACGAUGCCGUCGCAGAAUUCAAGAGACUGAAGGCUGCUGCUAUCGCUGAAAGAAACAGGGCCCGGGUGAAAGGAGGUCUGCCUGAUGUGGUCACCAUCCAGGAGGGGAAGGAUCUGAACCUGACCUGCAACAUCUCCGGUGACCCCGUGCCCGAGGUGACCUGGCUGAAGAACGAACGGGAGAUUGUGUCCGACGACCACUUACUCCUCAAGUUUGAGUCAGGGAAGUUCGCCAGCUUCAUCAUCACAAAGGUGAACUCGGCUGACUCGGGCAAGUACAGCAUCCUGGUGAAGAACAAGUUCGGGACGGAGAGCGGGGAAUUCACCCUGCAAGUGACGCAGGGGCCCGUAGACCUGGGCGUGACCUCCUACCUGACCGACCAGGACGGGAACGUGAUGGUGGGCCCAAACACGACGCCGCCAAAGAAAAGGACGCCCGCUACGGCGCGAACCAAGCAGAAGCCAAGCGACUCUCCAGUACCAAAGACCCCUCCGCCCGGAAAACAAGUCGACGGCAGAGAGAAUGUGGAGCAGGUAAAGGAGACGGGGAAAACGGUGACGGAGGAGGACCCCGCUGAAACACCGCCCGCUCCGACCGCAACCGGGACCACGCCGGAGACACCCCAACACCCAGAGCUCUGCGAUGUGGCUGCCUCGCCCUCCGGGUCACCCGAGGAAGCCACGGCACAGUGACACGGUGUUGCCUAACGUCGCGGAGGGACUGAAACCACACAGUUGGCAGCGCUCACACAUGUCUUCAGUUUCCGUGGCUCAAUCGUCUUUAUUGUCCCUGAACAGGGAUGCUUUUCAUGCAAUAUAUCUUCGGUUGAAAAUGUGUAUACACAGUUGGAACUGGUUCAGGUAUAACAUGAAGGCUGGAUAGUUUGUAAUGAUAAAUGGUUACAUCUAGGAUCAGGGGUUGUUAUGGUUAUGUGUGCUGUUGGAAAUGGUCAUGUUGAAGGGUUGGGAUGGUAAGAUGGAGGGUUAGGUAUAUUGCUAGAUAUCAGGGUAGAGAUGGUUAUGUUUCAUUAGGUCAGAGAGGUUUGUUUAAAGGGUUGUGGUUAAGGUCAGGCUGUGUGGGCUACCAGGUGUGUCUGUUUCAUCUCUCCACUAAUGCUGUUACUAAUUAAAACCAGUAUUAUAUCAUAAGGCUUGAAGUGAGCGUGUGGAUGUAACAUUACGUAUUAUUGUAUUAUUACAUCAGUGGGAUCCCUGGACACUCGUUCACAUUAACACUGUUUAAAUAUUAUCGAAUGCUCAAACAUCUGCCCUAAUGCAACGCAUGCAUCACCUCAUGUCAACUAUGUUAGCUUUCAGGUAUCACGUAUCAUCAAGCCAUAAUGUAACUUGUGUUUUCAAAUCGGCCUGCUGGUGUGUUUGUAUGGGUGUGGUUGCCUCGAUGCCUGUUUAAUAGUUUGAGUUGCUUCAAUAAAGAGGGUGUAACGGC